GGAAAAUAACGAGAGAAAUUCCAAAAACGAUGUCGUAUUGGCCCUGAUUGAUGUUUCAGAACGUAUCAUGAUUCAUGGAGUGUUUGCAGAUGUUUGGAGAGGGAGAUGGCACUGAGAAAUCUGAAGCAAUGGAAGAGCAUAGCGAAGGAAGCAGUGGAUCAAACGCUGACCGUAGCAAAAUUCCUCUGCUUCUUGCACGUCACCAACACCUACCUCUGCACCACUGCUCUCGCUUACGGGCCCAGUAUGCUCCCUACCUUGAAUCUCACGGGUGACGUGAUCUUGGCCGAACGGAUCUCGACCCGCUUCCGCAAGGUGGCUCCCGGAGACAUCGUCCUCGUUCGCUCCCAUGAAAACCCUCGUAAGAUUGUCGCGAAGCGCCUGAUGGGUAUGGAAGGUGAUCGUGUUACUUUCGUCGUUGAUCCCAAGAACAGUGAUAGACUUGACACUGUAGUCGUUCCAAAAGGGCAUAUAUGGAUUGAGGGGGAUAACAUUUACGACUCCAAUGAUUCGAGACGUUUUGGGGCUAUUCCUUAUGGUCUUCUUCAAGGCAAAGUAUUUUGGAGGAUAUGGCCGCCUAAAAGUUUUGGUUCUUUAUGCCAAAAGUCACAGUAAAAUAAUUACGAUAUGAAAGCAUGUUUCUGCAAUGUGAAAAUGUUGUCUCGAGGUUGCCAUUAGUAUUCCCUCUAGAAAAUAUAGGAGCAUCCUGAAUUCAUAAAUGUGAAAUAGCUGGAAUUCAAUUUUGAAGAACUCUUUGUGAAGUUUUGUCUUUUUUUUUUUUUUUUUUGUGAAGACAUUCUUUUUAAAGAAUCAUUCUCCUUUCUGCGGGUUUGUAAAGAAUCCUUGUCUUUUUUAAGUGUCCUACAAAGCUUUGACAAAAUAUGAAAAAUGUUCGAAAUUUAUUGA